AUGUCCUCUAACCACCGCUUUAAUUCUUAUGACCUUCCACAUUCUUCCUACCGCGUUCCAUCUCUUUCUUUCUUCCACAGAAAAGCCCUAGCUCGAUCCGUUCCUCUCCAAUCACUCGGACAAAACACUGGAGAAAAGAUCUGCGAGAAUCACCACCACUAUCGUAACACCACCACCGCCUACAGCGACCCUUCAAGACGAGUGGUAAGGAAUCCGGAGGAUGAAACAAAGCAUCAUCCUCUUCAGAAAUCAGAAGACUGCUGUUGUUUUCAGAUGUUAGUGACUUAA